UAAUAAUGACAACUUGCGCUCCCUAAACUCAUUCACAAUUUGACAGUCCCACGCAAAAAUCAUCCGCGGUGAUAUUAUCAUAACCUCAAGGUAUAUAAAACGUUCAAACCGCCAUUCUCUGCAGAAUUCGAAAAUAGCAAGAUAGUGAGGCUUUUCUCUCCGAGAGGUUUUGCCCGUUCAAACGUCACCGUCCGAUCAUAAACCCUAGGAGCUGGUGAAGCGAUCGAAUAUGCACGUUCUUCGUAAUCGCAGCGGCAGAGUACGAUGGCCAGCAUAAAGCCUUUGCAGGAAGCAGUACGUAGUUCACUGCGUUCUGGCAUUUUCCUGUUCGACUUCACGCGCGUCGUCGAGGAACUGGUUUUCAAUAGCCUCGAUGCCCGUGCCACAAAGGUAUCAGUGUUUGUUGGUGUUGGGAGAUCCUAUUUGAAAGUAGUUGAUAAUGGAAGUGGAAUUACUCGAGAUGGACUUGAGUUGGUGGGAGAAAGAUAUGCAACAUCAAAAUUUCUUAAUUUGGUUGACCUGAAUGUUACGAGUGAGAAUUUUGGUUUCCGUGGGGAGGCUUUGGCUUCCAUUUCUGAUGUCUCUGUGCUGGAAAUUGUGACAAGAACUCAUGGAAGGCCAAAUGGAUAUCAAAAAGUGUUGAAGGGGUGCAAGUGUUUGUAUCUUGGCAUUGAUGAUGAUAGAAAGGAAGUAGGCACCACAGUUGUCGUCCGUGAUUUAUUUUACAAUCAACCAGUUCGGAGAAAAUACAUACAGUCCAGUCCCAAUAAGGUACUGCAAUCAAUCAAGAAGUGUGUAAUGCGACUUGCACUUGUGCGUCCAAAUAUUUCUUUCAAAGUUGUUGAUAUUGAAAGAGAGGAUGAACUCUUCUGCACACAUUCUGCUUCUUCUCCUCUGUCACUUAUAACCAGUGGCUUUGGGGUAGAGGUCACAAGCUCUCUUCACUAUUUAGAAGUUGAGAAUGAUAUCAUAAAGCUUUCUGGAUAUGUAUCCAGUCCUUGCAAUACUUCAAACGUGGAGGUCCUGCAGUAUGUCUAUGUUAACUCGCAAUUUGUUUGCAAGGGCCCAAUUCAUAAGCUUCUGAGUCAACUGGCUGUCAGGUUUGAACAUCUGAACUCAUGGACUACUGAUAAUGAGUUCCGAAAUAAGAAGAGAAGCAGGUGUCACAUGGGUCUCUCUUAUCUCUUGGAUUUGAGUUGCCCCCGAUCUAUGUAUGAUUUGGCCUUUGAGCCAUCAAAAACGUAUGUUAAAUUUAAGGAUUGGACACCUAUUCUAAACUUCAUUGAGAAGGUCAUCAAACAAUUCUGGGAGGAAAACAUAGCUUCUGUAGAGCCCUCCAAUCAAUUUGCAUAUAUGGUAGAAGAUCAACAAGAAAAAGCAUAUGUCAGUGUCAUUUCAGACGUACCAGAUAUGUCAAGGUUUAGAAACCAAAAUCGUAAGGGUUGCCUAGAUCUAUUCUUUUCUACUUCAGACAAGCUAAUUGAAGAUGACUAUCAUCAAUCAAAUAGGGAAGAUGUUAGAAACUCCAUUGAUUACUUGGAGGCCGUGAUGUUCAAAGAGAAACAAAGUAUAGGAGACUCUCUUUUUCAGACUGGUUAUUCUGGCAACUUAUUGGAUGAUUCUCAUGCCAAGUGCGUAUCCACUGUGACAAGAAGGCAGAACAGUUUGCUAAUGCAUGAUAGCAGCAGUUCGUUGAAAGGAGAUAACUUUUUUUAUAGUGAAAUACCGGCUAUAGAAAGUUUAAAUGAUUGUGUACCUUUUGAUGCACCGAGUUGUUCACGUGUAAGAAAAUUCCAUAAAGAAGCUGAUAUGAUCAGUGAAGCAUUUCAAGAUGAUUUACAUUAUGAAUGCAACGGGCACAGUUAUGAUGUAAAUAUUAAUGGGGAUUUGCAGAAACCUUUUCUAAAGGGAUGCUCUACCCCAGGAAGUAUCCUGCUUAAGAAAGAUUUCUUUAUAAAUGAUGGAUAUGAAAUCCAAAAUGAUAGCUUUUGUAGCAAGCAAAAUACAGGGGGUGGUAAGGAUUUAAAUGAUGAUGUACCUUUUGAUGAACCAAGUUCUUCACAUGGAAGAAAAUUCCAUAAAGAAGCUGAUGUGAUCAGUGAGUCAUUUCAAGAUGAUUUACGUUAUAACUACAAUGGGUACAGCUAUGAUGUAAAUAUUAAUGGGGAGUUGCAGAAACCAUUUCUAAAGGGAUGCUCUGCACUAGGAAUUAUCCUGUCUAAGAAAGAUUUCUCUGGAAAUGAUAAACAUGAACUGCAAACUGACAGCUUUUGUAACAAGAAGAAUACAGGGGAGGAUUAUAGAAGUGGUAAGGAUUUAUAUGCCCAUCCCUUUCCAGAAGUAAAAAAAAAAUUAAAGAUGUCUAAAACUUCCGAUUUUCUUGAAAGACCAUUGGCUGAAGAAAACUUUCUCCCUUCAGAUUUAUGCUACUCAGCAUCACAAAUAGUAGGAAGCUCUGACGCAGAUGAUCGGUCAUUAAAUUUUGAAUGGCAUCCUCUCUACCUAAAACCAUCAUCUCAAGGACAUGCACUGGGUUUUUAUCAUAAAACUGAUAUCAAAGAUGAUAUCGGAGGAGUAUCUAGGUGCCUUAAAUGGAUCCAUCAUAAAAGUCGUUUUGAUGAAAGAGAAAAUGAGUGCAAUUUCAGCUACAAUACGUUAUGGAAUACCAACAAGCAUCACUGUGCAUCAAGUUAUGAAAAUAUUGGAUUUAAUUUUGAUGUUGCUCGUGAUUCUAGUGAAAUAUUCAACAAAUUUGGUGACUGCCAUGAUUUCAGUGACAUAUAUUCUACAAGAAGGUCAGAUAUGUUAAACAAGAAGCUAGACUGGCUGUUGCCUGAGUCAUGUGUUAAAAGAUGCAAGAUGCCUAACAAGAACAAAGGCAAAACAGAUAAAUUUAGAAAUUCAACUUUGGAGGAAAGUUGUGAAAGAUCUAGAAGAAGCAUUUCAGCUCCUCCUUUUUAUAGAAGCAAAAGGAGGUUUUUCUCUUUAAAUCAUCCCUCAGAAAUAAAAGCUAAAAGACAGAUUGACCGAGUGUAUAACCCUGGCUUCAAUCAUGAAGAAGCUAGUAAUUCUAAAGAUCCUCAACAGCCUCCUGUUGUUCGUCAUGAAAGCANUAAAGAUCUCUUAUUGCAAGAAUUCAAAAUCAAUGUGAAACAAACUUCAGAGGUUCUGGGUGCUAUGCAGGUUAAUGACAUAACAGAGACUGAAGAACUUGACAGUUUCAACAUUCAAAACUGUGCUCCAUUUGGGGAAUUGCUCUCUAAGGAUGUCCAAGAUCCCAUAGAUUAUGGGACUAAGUGGAGGAAUUGCUCACCUGAUUUUACAAAGAAUGAUAGACNGGCCAAUACUCCAUGUCGAAACAAUAUACUUGACAUUUCUUCCGGAUUGCAUCUUGCUGGAGAUUCAUUGAUUCCAGAAACUAUCAGUAAGAAAUUUCUUGAGGAUGCUAAAGUUUUGCAUCAGGUGGAUAAAAAAUUCAUUCCAGUUGUGGCUGGCAGAACCCUUGUUGUUAUUGAUCAGCAUGNAGCAGAUGAAAGAAUCAGACUGGAAGAAUUGCGUCAAAAGGUAUUGUCGGGAGAAGCAAAAACAGUAACCUAUCUGCAUACUGAACUGGAACUGGUACUGCCAGAGAUUGGUUAUCAACUACUUCAUAGUUAUAGCGAACAGAUCAAAGAUUGGGGCUGGAUAUGCAACAUCCAUGCUAAUAAUUCCGAGACCUUUAGAAGGAAUCUGGAUAUUAUAAAAAGACAAGAAACAACGAUCACACUUAUUGCGGUACCGUGUAUUUUAGGGGUCAAAUUAAAUGAUGUUGACCUUUUAGAAUUUCUUCAGCAGCUUGCUGACACUGAUGGAUCAUCAACAAUGCCACCCUCUGUCACACGAUUGUUAAAUUCGAAAGCAUGCAGAGGUGCAAUUAUGUUUGGGGAUUCAUUGCUACCAUCAGAAUGUUCCCUUAUAGUUGAAGAGCUAAAGCAUACAUCGCUUUGUUUCCAAUGUGCUCAUGGGCGACCAACAACUGUUCCUCUGGUCAACUUGGAGGCACUGCAUAGUCAGAUAGCCAAGCUUCGACUGAUGAACGAGUCUUCAAGUGAAAAGUGGCAUGGAUUACGCAAACAUAAAGUAUGCGUUGAACGUGUAGCACAGCGUUUAAAUUCUGCUAUGGAAGAUUAGUUUGACACAGUUCGUAUACUGCACUUCAAAACCAUUCUUUUGUAAUUUAGUGUACAGAAAACAUUCAGGAACUAAACAAAUAAUGAAGUAAUAGGGAUACAGUGCUUAUAUAGAUAUUACUGGAUAACACCAUUUUCACCGAA